GCCGUGUUUAUGUUGUGUUUCUAUUUCCCUGCACAGGUUUUCCAUUCCAUUCGGUUUAAAAGUUAGUUUUUGCUCGCGCUCAUUAUGUUGGAUCAUGUGAAACACAUUAUUUUGGUGCUGUCCGGAAAGGGUGGUGUCGGCAAAUCAACCGUUAGUACACAGCUUGCGCUAACAUUGGCAGAAGACGGGCACAAGGUUGGUUUACUUGAUAUCGAUCUUUGUGGGCCAUCCGUUCCGUACCUGUUAGGACUUGAGGAUCAGGAUGUACACCAGUGCGACGAAGGUUGGGUACCGGUGUACGCUAGCGCGGAGAAGAAACUGGCCGUCAUGUCUAUUGGUUUUCUGCUCAAGAAUCGUUCCGACGCUGUCAUUUGGCGAGGACCAAAGAAGACCGCAAUGAUCCGACAGUUCCUGGAGGAUGUCAGCUGGGGAGAGCUGGACUAUCUCAUCGUCGACACACCGCCCGGGACUUCCGACGAGCACAUCACGGUGAUGGAAUGCCUCAAGGGGGUAGUUAAUGCGGACGGAGCGAUCAUUGUCACCACCCCGCAGGAAAUGGCCCUUGAGGACGUGCGCAAAGAGGUAACCUUCUGCAAAAAGACGGGCAUCCCCAUCCUAGGUAUUGUGGAAAACAUGAGUGGGUUCGUAUGUCCGAACUGUUCCGAGUGUACGAACAUUUUCUCUUCCGGCGGAGGCCAAUCACUGGCGGAGUUGGCUUCGGUGCCGCAUCUCGGGACACUUCCGAUCGACCCACGCGUGGGUGAGUUAGCGGGCACGGGAAAGGCGUGCGUACGGGAGCUUCCGGACUGUACCACAAGCGAGGUGCUACGAAAGAUCGUCGGGACACUGACGACAGUAGGAGGGGAGUAACGAUCACAGUGUUAAAAUAAAUUUGUAAGUCAUAA